AUGGCUGCGGCGCACCAGGUCUCCGCCGUGAUCUUUGAUCUCGACGGCACUCUCCUUGACACAGAGAGGGCAACAAGGGACGUCCUGAACGAAUUCCUGGCGGCAUACGGGAAGGUCCCCGAUGCGCAGAAAGAGGAGAAGAGGCUGGGCCAGAUGUAUCUGGAGUCUACCACUGGGAUCAUCAGAGACUACGGGCUGCCGCUCACGGUCGAGGAGUACUCCAAGGCGAUGCAUCCGCUCUACCUGAAAAGGUGGCAAAAGGCGAAACCGCUUCCAGGAGUGAAGAGGCUUGUCAAGCAUCUUCACAAGAACGGAGUGCCACUCGCGCUUGCUUCUAACUCCGUUAGGAGAAAUAUUGAUCGCAAACUUCCGAAACUAGAAGAUUGGGGAGAGUGUUUUUCUGUUAUUCUUGGUGGAGAUCAAGUCCCUAAUGGGAAACCUUCCCCUGACAUAUUUUUGGAGGCUGCAAAGAGGCUUGGUGUAAAUCCAUCGUCGUGCUUGGUCAUAGAAGAUUCUGUCGUUGGAGUCAAGGGUGCCAAGGCUUCUGGGGCAAAGGCGGUUGCAGUACCAUCACUUCAAAGUCAGAGGAAGCACUAUUAUAUUGCUGAUGCCAUCCUCUAUUCACUUUUAGACUUUGAUCCUGAGCUAUGGGGUCUUCCUCCAUUUGAAGAUCGCAUUCAACGUGUACUGCCGAUUGAUCCCUUACCUUCAAAUGCCAGGAUAGGUGAUAAAAUUGUAAACAAUCUUCAUUGGGUAAUUUCAGAUGACUGUACCUACGAGUGUAUUCCUGACCAAAUAUCAGGAAUUUAUUUGGGUUGGGCCAAGUCCAAAGUGCAUGGACUCUCCAAGGUGAUCAUAGGUACUGGGUGGGACUUCUCACAGCAGACCGUCGAAAGAGUGAUGCAAGUAGAUUUUCUUGACUCCUCUGGCAGGAUUGAAACAGAGCCUGUGAAGCUGCUUGUAAUUGGUUACAUCCGGAAACUCCAAAGUGCGGAUGCUAUAUUGCAAGCUUUAAGUAUAACUGACGAAGACAGGAGCAUUGCAAGAGAAGCAUUGGACCUCCCAACUUUCUCUGAAUAUGCUAAUGACCUUCAUCUUGCCUGA